AUGACCUCCUCCGAACAAUGGGGGACCUUCCUCCAUCAGUGUUUGAUGCAUCGCAUCGAUGCAGCCGAGUUCAAGAAUCUCUCGAAGCUGCUUCUUCAACGAUGUCCAAUUGGCGAGACGCCGCUCGUGAAUGUGUUGCUCGAGACGCGCUUGGCGACCGGCAUCAAGUGGGAUCCUUUGCUCCCGCUCUAUAUAGACUGCCUGUGCAAGAUGGGCCAGGUGCAAACGUCGACGGUCCUGCACUCGCUGCUUAAAUACUCGUCCAUCCAUGAUGGGCCAUUUCCGCCCGCGUCGGACCCGGCUUCCAACCCGAAGAAGCCGUCGAAAUGUUAUACGUUCAUGACAGAUAUUAGGAUCAUCCAAGAUGCGAUGCUCUCCAUCUCCACGGGCCACGCCCCAAAGAGCCUUGUCGAGGCCGUCGGCAUUCUUGCUGCCAUCGUGGACUGGAUGCAAGCUAUUGUCUCCUGGCACAACAAUCACCUAGAUGCCAGCCAGCAGGCCGAAGGGCUGUUGAGCUCCCCGGACGCAGUCUCCCUAUUCGAGUCGCUGGGCAUUCUUCUUGCCGCUUUAUCCGGCACGACCAAGGGCUUGGACGUUCUGUCUUCAAAUUCGCAUGAAGCCCUGAACGCGAAGCUGGGCCAGGCUCUAUCGGGGUACCUCCCCCUCUGUAUGGAAGUGUCAUUGGCACUGCGGAACCGAUUGGAUAGCUUGCAAAAGGAGUUUAACUUAUACGAAGAACCGCAUUCUAAGACAUUGGAAGAAUCCAUGAUGGAUAAUGUCAACGUGAAUGCGCUCCAAUUCGAGGCCUCCGUGAUGGAUGGGCCUAUUAUAAACUCGAGAGCUGGUCUCUGUAUUUAUAUUAAUGCGAUGCUUGUGGGCCGCCCUUUGGUCGAUGACACUAUGUUGCUUAACUACCUGACAAAUCGAUAUGGGGGCCAUAAUGAGGUACUGAUUGAGGAAAUCAUCACUGCCGCGUUCGACGUGCUUUCCAAUGCAAUGUAUCGCAAUGAAUCCAGUCGGACGAUGUUUCUGUUCCGCUCGUUCCUGGUCAACAAACUCCCGGCCUUCUUUGCCGCCAUGCUCGCGGCGUCUGUAGUGUCCCUGCCAAUGGAAAUGUGCAUCAGCCACGCCCUGAGCCGAUUGGAUCCCAGGAUCUUCCCAUCAUUCUCGCAGAUGUUCUCCAUGCAGGGCAACACCGUCCUGUCCGAUGUGCGACAAGAGUUUCUGUUUGCUUGCGCUUCUCACAAAUUGAUACCCGAAUCCAGCAUCGAACGCUUACUAGGCGAGAACCCCAUGCAGACUGUGCCCGUGGGGCAUAACAAGGAUCACCUUGUGUCGCAGAUCAACACGCAUCCCGAGCGCGCCGAGAAAUUGAUCGGUGAAAUUGAAUCUACAGAAGGCAACGCGGGAGCGAUUGUUGGUGCCAUCACCGAGGUCAUGUUCAACCUAUGCAACCAGAAGGAGACCAUGACUUUGAAGAACAUCUGCAACUCGCUCUCUCGCCGCCCCCAGGCUCUGGAUGUAAUGCUGCUGUUCCGCAGCUCAAGGCAGAUACUGCAACCGCUUUGUGCGCUGCUGGAUUCCUGGCAUUGGGAUGAAGAUCAAGGAGAAAGUCAACCUGUCUAUGAUGAAUUUGGGAGCAUUCUGCUCUUGGUGCUGACAUUUAAAUACCGAUAUGAUCUAAAACCGUACGACCUUGGAAUCGGAAGCAACGACUCGUUUGUUUUGAGAUUGCUGGAGCGUGGAUCCAGCAGCCAGAAGCUCGACGAUCUGAACGAGAAGCAAAAUAAGAACCUCGGCUCGUGGAUCGGUGCCUUGUUUAUCGCAGAGGGCAUCAGCGAAGAAACCAUGUCGGCUUGUAGUCCGCAGGAGUUUUAUCUGCUGGUGACGACUUUGUUUGCCCAGAGCCUAGGGGCCUGUGAAGCAGGGAAAUUAGAAUUCGAAACGCUCAAGGGGGGCUUUGAAUAUUUGCUAGAACCAUUCCUUCUUCCAUCCCUCGUGGUGGCACUGACCUGGCUGGGCAACCAUAUCUGGGAAAGCGAGCCCGACCCAUCCAUCCCGUUAAAAGCGUUGCAUUCUCUCGUAAACCCCAGCUCGAUUUCCGGAGAGGCGAAGGAGAUCCAUCGGACGGUGUUGAACAUCACCGCGCGCCCUCUGGAAGAGCAGCUGAAGGAUAUUCGGGCGCGCCAGCCGGCUCGCACAGAUCUCAAACCCAUCCUGGAUGCCCUGGAACCCUGCCUCUCCUUCCAACGGACCGGCAGCUGUGGCCGGUCUGAGUUGGAUGGCUGGACCCAAGCCCCCGGCUCCCUGCUCGGCAGCAUCCGGAGCACGUUCCAGGCACUCAUGCUCUGGAGCACCAGUCCGGAUGUGAGCAUGACGCCGUCCUCAUAUACCCACCGGCAGCUCAUCGCCGGCAUUCGAAUCCUGGGCUCCGUCCGCGUCCUCGGAGCGCUCCUCGAGGAGCUGAAGCUGCAGACCGAGGCCGGCAACGGGCCCCUGACCAUCGACAUCGCCGCGGCGAUGAUCUGCUCGCCGCUGGCCGAAUCAUUCGCCGUCGAGCAGAGCCACUACCACCCGGUGGAUCCCAGCAAGGAGGCACUGCCGGGCUGCCCGAUCCUGACGCUCCGCGAUGCGCUCCUCAUCCAGCACGAGAACGUGGCCAAGAUCUCGGAGAAGGAUCCUCUGCGCGCGGAGAUCGUCGUGCGUCUGCAACGCCGCAUAAACGCCCUGUCGGCCCCGACCACCCAGAUGCCUAACAUCGACAUGACCAACAUCAUCCAGAACAUGCAGCUGGGCGUCGACGGCACCGGGCAGAUGGAUCUGGAGCCGUCCAGGGCCGGCGGGCCCGAUGUUGGCGAAGACGACGCGACGAACCUCACGCGCAUCAUGGGCAACGCGGCGGCGGCCGUGGGGAUGGACGGCGGCGUCGGCCAGAAUAUGGGCGGGGGUCUUGAAACGAAUAUCGAUGACAUGUUGAGUGCGGCGGAUAUGACGGUGGGGAAUCCGGAGUUUCUGGAUCUGGAUAUGGAGGGGAUGUUCUAA